AUGGAAAUCUCAAGUGGAAAGUCGCGCUCCCUGUCCCAGGUUCGGCCGCUCUCAGGCAAGGAUUUGUGGAGGAAGCGGGGAUCUGUUUCCACGGACUGUGCGUCUCUGUCAUCCGCCGAAAACGACGAAAAUGAGCACCCAAAUUUGAUGGACGUGGAUGAGAACGAAAUUGUAAGUUCGAGACUGUCGUCUUGAGCCUUUAACAACCAUAGCUGUAUAGAUAAUUGAGUAAGGGGUCAUAGAAGGGUCGUUUGUAAAGAUGUGACUCGGAUAGCAUACCAUUUUCGUGGUUGACUCAUCUUUAUUUACAUUCCAAAGUACAACUGUGUGGGUUAAGUUUCGGCUUUUCUACAAUGUCUCAUUAGAGCUAUGCUACAGUAAGAUUUGUUACUUUAAUAUUUCUAGGUGAUCCCAAAGGAACGCCGUUUGUCAGCCACAGUGUCAAUUGACCUUCCAACUGGACCCCAGAAACGUAAUUUUCCUCCGCCAAUUCGCCGUUCUCAUUCCGGCAGAAUGAGUCUUCCAAGGUAAGUUAUAGUCAUCGGUAACAAUAGACGAUUACUUGCUAGUACUGGUUAUUAUUUUUAGCUCUCUUUUUACGUACGUUCUGAGUAUAGAUUUAGUUUCAACUUUUUUCUUGUUUUUCAAAUAGUAUAGCCGUUCGUUUUUCGGGACGUCUUAACUUGUUAGUACUACUUUUUUCUUUGUCAACACAACCACAAUAUUAUUUUCUCUGCAGAUUCCUGACAUCUUUCGGCCCUCUUUUUUCUCGGUUUGAUUGAAAUUCUAGACGAAAGAACGGCCGAAACUUCCUGGGUUAAAAAAAUGGUUGUACUAAUAGAUCAGUAGGACAAGGUCAAUUUAAGUUUAGGUUACUCGGUUUAUAUAGACAUCUAACUGACGGAAAGGAUGAUUAUUGAUGAGGUAUCAAAGUAGUCUUUAUAAUGACUAAUCGCUUUUUGAAAACGCCUCAAGAGAUCUAGCUGGCGUCGAAAAUAAUAUAAACAGCUCGAAGUAAAGUCAAAACAAAAAGCGGGCCAAAUCUCUUAUCAAAAAUAUAAUUUAAUGACGAGUUAUGAAGAUUUCAUUGUAAUUUGAGGCAUUUCAGUAUCAGCAAUAAUUUCGGAGAAGAUGAACCACUCGUUUUCCCUAAGGACAUUGCCUGGGAUUGGCCAUUUUGCAACGAAGGUACGUCUCAUCAUAAAAAAGGAUUAAUUUCUUCCUCCGACCCCUCCAGAAAUGACUUUAGCCGUCGCUAUUCCAAGAAUCCCAUGUAUUCCCAAUCUGUUUUUAUAUUUACGAAACACCCAACUUUACGUGAUCUAAAUUCCACUGGCUCUUUUUUUAUCACCACCCACAUGGGCCCUUGCAGUGUUUGCCAAUUUUUGACCACAUGUUUUUUUAUUUUCAGGAGUCGCCCGAGGCGUUUUUACCGAAGAGAAGUUUAUGAUAUGCCUUCCAUUCAACAAUGGAGGGACAGGCGAAGGGUACGGCAAUGUGAGUUUGAUUUGAUGAAGGCAGUACGAUUGUUUAGACCAAAAAAUUUGAAAAGAUCUCGGAAUGCAACUUCAGCUGGACGAUUGGUCUUUCAAAUGGAGGAGAAUUUGGAACGGGAUUCUGGAGAAUGGAGCUGGAAAUUAUCAGAAAUCUGAACAUGUUGGCUUUGAUCGUCUCCAGGUAGGACAACAUCUGUAUAAAGUUUGCGCAACGUCGUACAUUCUCUUAUUCAUCUCAAAUUUCAGAGAUAUUUCUCGUUCCGAAGAGACCUCAAAACGUCUGAAAAGAGUCCGUAAAGUCUAUAAACUGCCCGAUCAUUACGACAUCCGGACCCUUACAACCACAAACUACGACUUUGCGAUUGUCCUGGAAGCCACGCGAAGGCCUGUCCGUCGUUUCAGACGACCAAUGUCUCUGAAACGAGCCGAUUCUUUCCGUUAA